UUUCUCUCUCUUAGCUCAAAAAGAUAGUUCCAAAUCCAACUCUAUUCCUUUGAACUUACCCUCAAUUAUGUAUCACUACUUUUGGGGUGCAUAGUUUCUUCUUUUUCAUGAUUCCUUAGGCGCCCUUAUUUAUUUUAACCUUCUUUUCCUUUUUUAGACUCAACCCUUUGUUCAUUUUCUAUAUUUUUGGUGCAAAUUGGUUUCCUUUUGAAGGUGCUUUUCUUGCUGCAAAUUAAGAUGGUGAGAGGAAAGACGCAAAUGAAGCGUAUAGAGAACGCAACAAGUAGGCAAGUAACAUUUUCAAAGAGAAGAAAUGGUUUGAUGAAGAAAGCAUUUGAGUUAUCAAUUUUGUGUGAUGCCGAAGUUGCUCUUGUUGUUUUCUCACCAAAAGGGAGACUUUAUGAGUUUGCCAGUUCAAGCAUUAAAGACACAUUUGAACGAUACCGCAGUCAUAGCAGGAUUAAUAAUACUCCAACAACAUCUGAAUCAGUUGAAAAUACUCAGCAUUUGAUGGAAGAAGCAGAAAACAUGAUGAAAAAGAUUGAUCUUCUCGAGACUUCAAAACGGAAACUCUUAGGAGAAGGUUUGGGGACUUGUUCCAUUGAAGAACUGCAAAGGAUAGAGCAACAGUUGGAGAAGAGUAUAACCAAAAUUCGAGCAAAAAAGACUCAGGUUUUCAGGGAACAAAUUCAGCAGCUAAAAGAAAAGGAAAAAGCCCUAGUUGCUGAAAAUGUCAUGCUCUCUAAGAAGUAUGAUAACUAUUCAUCAAAGGCAGCAAAAAACAAUGAAAAAGAAAAUAUAGGUGAAGGUGAAGCUUAUGCAUAUCAGAGUAGUCCAAGUUCAGAUGUGGUGACUGAAUUGUUCAUUGGUCUUCCAGUAACAAGAACAAAGCCAAUUUCUCCAAAGUUGAGGACUAAUUAAUCUCUAUGAUUUUGAAUAUGAAAAAUGAAAAUGAUUGAAGGGUAAGGCAAAGUAUCUCAUCAAUGUAUAUUAGAUAUGUUUGCUUAGUUAUGCUCUCAUGAUUCAGAUUAUAAUAGUGGUGAAUUUUGAGAGCAGUGAUUUGUUUAGUACUCCUCUGUCUUAAAUUAUUUCAUUUUGCCAA